AUGUGUGAAGUGUGUGACCAGAGUUGUGUGUUUUGUUCAAGUGACAGCAAAAAGUGUUUGAAAUGUGAAGACGGUUUUGUGCUAGUGAAUGAUGAAUGUGUUUCGCUUGAAGAGAUAAAUUGUAUCACCAAAAACGAUGUUUCUGGUCGUUGUGAGUUAUGCAAAGAAGGGUUUGUGUUUGACGCAUCAAACGAGUGCAAAGAAAGUGGUAUAGCAAAUUGUCUGAAUGAAAACUCAAACAAGUGUGUGAGAUGUCUACCAACAACCCUUUUGGGCAUUUCCAACAUAGAAACGGUUUGUUCUGACGGUGCAUCAAUAAACAAUUGUGAAAUUCUAAGCUCAAUCGGUUGUGUUCAGUGCAAAAAUGGGAAUUACAUGGAUGGGAUAGAGUGUGAGCGAUGUGAUAAGAACUGUGAAAAGUGUGACACAAAUGCAACGACGUGCAUAUCGUGCUAUUUUUGGUUUGUUCUCAACGUGCAAACAAGUCAUUGUGACUUGAUUGAAGAUAUAAAAUAUCAUGGAUGUGCUAUAUGUGAAGACAGAUAUUAUUGGCAGGGAAGAAAUUGUUACAAAUGUUACAAUAACUGCACAACUUGUUCACAAAGCGAAGGCAAUUGCCUGGUGUGCGAUAUUGAUAACGGGUUUUAUCAGAACGACACAAAUGGUAUUUAUUGCAUUCCAGUGAGCGAACUUACAAACUGUUUAAAAAAUAAUAUAUUUGUGAAGUGUGAGAAAUGUGCUGAAAAGUGUAAGUUGUGUGUGUCAUCUGAUUUUUGCCAAAAUUAUGUUGAUGAUUAUAUUUUGGUCAAAAGAAGAUGUGAAUAUUACACAACAAUAAAGUAUUGUGCAAGUGCUACAAAUAAUUUGUGUUUAAGUUGUACACCAAAAUACAAUCUUUCAAUUGAUAAAUUAAGUUGCUUUAAACAUCAAAACAAAACGCUUUCAAUUGUAUUUCCCGUUGUAAUUACAGUCGUUAUUAUUAUAGUAUUAAUAUUCACAAUGUUUGUGGUGUAUCUUAUUUACAAGUCACAUAAAUCAAAGAAAAUACUACAAAAGACCACAUGCGAGUUUUCAAUGAAAAAGUCGAACAUUAACUUUAUUGAAUAUUCUCCAGGAGUCACGUUGAACAAAACAUCACUUGACUUCUCUGUUGACUUUGAUACAAUUUGUUCACUUCCAAUUGACAAAUUAAGUCGUGACCUCCUCUGUGUUGGAAACAACUCGAAACACACUGUGAAAGUCCAAUUGACGUACAAAACGACAAGUGAGAAGUACACCAUCAAGGUAACUCCAUCUCUUGCAACACUUUCAUCUGGGAAAGCCGUUGAAUUUGAAAUAUUUGUAACACCUCUGUGCACAUGUAGCAUCAGUGAAACUAUUGCAAUUGUCUUUUUUAAUACGUCGAAGGGUGAGCAGAUGUCCCUGAACUUACCCAUUAAGUUUGAGAGCGAGAAGUCGAGCAACCUUGAUGCCGACGAAGUAAUUUGCGAAAAGAAGAUAGGUGAAGGCUCCUUUGGUGUUGUUUACAUUAGGAAUUACAUUGGAAACAAAGUAGCAAUUAAAAGGAUGAAAGAAGUCGAAAACAAUGAAGAGUCAAUGGAAGAAUUUAAAAAGGAGGUUGAGAUGUUAGAUAAGUUCCGCAGUGAAUUUGUCGUUCGCUUCUAUGGCGCCGUUUUUGCACGUAAUAAAGUGUGUAUGGUCACCGAAUUUGCGACGUAUGGAAGUCUUCAAGACUUGAUGAAACACAAAACUUCGAAUGAAAUUGACAUGAAGUUAAGAGUGAUAAUUUGUCUUGACGCUGCUAAAGGAAUAUUGUAUUUACACGAAAAUGGGAUAUUACAGAGAGACAUCAAACCAGACAACAUAUUAGUCUUUUCACUUGAGACUAUUGAAAAGGUUAAUGUGAAAUUGACUGACUUUAAAAGUAGUCGAAACGUCAACUUGUUGAUGACAAACAUGACAUUCACUAAAGAUAUUAGAACACCAACUUAUAUGGCACCUGAAGUUUUGAAAAAAGAAAAGUACAAGAUGAGUGCUGACAUCUUUUCAUUUGGAGUAACAAUAUACGAAUGUGUUGGGUGGUGUGAGGCGUACCCAAAAGAUGAAUUCAAAUUUCCAUGGAAAAUAGCCGAGUUUGUUAUUUCAGGAAAGCAUUUGAACAAAAGUUUAUCGGUGAAUGAUAACAUUUUUAGUAUCUUUUCUAAAUGUUGGAAACAAGAUACGAACAAUCGUCCAAUAAUAAAAGAAGUAGUACACACUUUGGACAGUUGCUAUACUUUUAAAUGCAAAAUGUGA